UUUCCGGCCGGGCGGACUUUGAGAGUUGUUCGCGUAUCGUUGCGUCGUCAGCAGGGAGCGGAUGCGAGCGCAUGCGCGCAAUCGCGUCUUCCGUUUACGCGUCUGUUGCGCGCGAGAGAGCCGAAUUGAGCGAGCGAAUUGGAAGAGGCGAUUUCGCGCGAAGGAAGCGACAGGAAGGAGCAGAAGGAUAUUGCGUGCCGAGAGAAUAGUCAGCAUGGCGAGCGCGCGCGCGCGCGUCCCGGACACAAACGCACAACAGGUGUCACCUGCGCCGGGCGCCGUCGCUGACUGAUUGUGAGUGAAAACGCCAGAACGGUGCGCGUGGCACUUGGCAAGACGGACAGACGGAUGGACGAAGAGGGCGCCGCGAUCGAUCCAAUCAGUUGAUGGUGCAGCGGGGCAAGUGGUGGGGACGAUUCCGACCUUGACAUGGAGGGCCACGAUGUCCAGGAACUGGUGGCUGUCAAGGACAGCGUGAUCGUCAGGGGCGGACAUCCGCCGCUUUGUUCCCCUUCAAACGGUGACGCAGAUAUGGGCAUGGGAGCAGGUGCAGCGGGUGGUCCUGUCCUGGCUCUUCCCGGUCCAGGAGUCAAUGCCGCCCUUUCACAAACAUGCGCCAUAUGUAGCGAUCGCGCUACGGGGAAGCAUUAUGGCGCUGCAUCUUGCGAUGGCUGUAAGGGUUUCUUCCGCCGAUCUGUCAGAAAAAAUCAUCAGUACACAUGCAGAUUUCAAAGGAAGUGCCCGAUUGACAGGGACAAGCGAAAUCAAUGUAGGUAUUGUCGAUUACGGAAAUGCUUCAGAGCCGGCAUGAAGAAAGAGGCCGUACAAAACGAAAGGGACCGGAUAAGUUGUCGGCGACCUAGCACUGAAGAUCCGCCUGAUAAGAAUAAGGGUCCGUCGAAAGAGGACGUGGUGAAGGCGGAUGCACGCGCUGAAAUGCUCAGCAAGCAUGUUGGUGGGUUAGAGCUUCAGCAGCCAGAAAGUCCGAAUUGCGAAAUUGAUCUCAGCACGAAACGAAUAGCUGGGAUAAACGACGUGUGCGACAGCAUGAGGGAACAAUUAUUGAUCCUGAUCGAGUGGGCCAAGUGCUUCGACGAAUUCAAAGCGCUGUCACUGGAUGAUCAAGUAGCGUUGCUGAGGGCCCACGCGGGCGAGCACCUGUUGCUGGGGGUAGCUAGGCGUAGUAGAAACUUCACGGACGUGCUACUGCUCGGCAACGAUUGCAUCAUUAUGAGGAAUUGUCCUGUAAUAUCGUUGCAAUUUGUAGAAGGUAGCAAUCAGCAGGACAACCUGGACAUCAGUAAGGUGGGCAUCAGGGUAAUGGACGAGCUGGUGAAACCGUUUCAGAAGAUCAAGAUCGACGACACGGAGUUCGCUUUUCUCAAAGCCAUCGUGUUCUUUGACCCGAACGCGAAAGGACUGAGCGAUCAGAAGACAGUUCGAGAAUUGCGCCACAACAUCCAGAUAAAGCUCGAAAAUCACAUCAGCGAUCACCGCUGCGAUUUACCAGGUCACUUCGGCGAUAUCUUGUUGAUGUUACCAGCUCUACAGUCGAUCUCAUGGCAGAUGGUCGAGCAGAUUCAGUUCGUUAGGCUGUUCGGGGUAGCACACAUCGAUAAUCUACUUCAGGAAAUAUUCCUGGGCGGUACCACGUCGGAGAUGAAUGGCACUGCUACGCCCUUACCGAUCUCGAAUACUGCGCCGGGCAGUUACAUGAGCAGCAAUGAGAGUCCCAGCAGCCCCUUGACGCCGGCGAAUACUGGUGACUUGAGCCCGCAAACCGAUCAGAUGCCCGUCAUGAUUCUGAGGGAUCUCACACCGAACCAGGACUUCAGAUACUUCAAGCAGGAGCCCAGCCUCGAGCCUGAGACCAGCUUCUGACUAGCUUGGGGAACUGAGCUCAUCGUUGGAUAAUCAACGACGUUCUGCUCAAAAAUUGUUGCUCAAUUAACAAAACAGCUCGUAUUAUGUUAGUCGAAUCAAAUGUGAUUGUUGAUCCGAAAAAUAAGAUGAAGUGAAAGAAACGAAAGAUCGAUAUAUGUUGUGCAACAUAUGAGAGGAGUUAGCGCGAAAAUAUUCAGAUUUAUACGAUUGUAAUUUAACGGUGCGGCGGUGAUUACGUUUUCUAGUUGUGGUUCACGAUUAGCCAAAGCCUGCUCACUUGUAUAGAUAACGAUUGAUCGCUAAUCAAGAUGAAUGUGAUAAUUUGAUAAGCGAUAAAAUCGUGUCUUGCCACUAUUUUACUUGCUAUUACUACUGUCGCGACAGUAUUCGGAUCGUUUCUAAAAGAAAACGAGGAUAACACGUGUACUACAAUAAUAAUCGCAAUUGACAAUAAUAAUCCCUAGGUAGCAUUGAACAUUCCCAAUCAGCCAAGUAUGUUGAAAAAGCUUUAUCAAAGCAUCAAAUUUUGUCAGCCGAAAGAUUACAAAUCUGACGUAGAAUUAUCUGUUACAUCAGAUGUUCGCGUUGUGCGACAUCAAAAUGCCACAAAAAAAUGUAAUUGCAAUAUUGCUGAAAUGUUCCAUGCUAUCUUGAUCAUUAGCGACUAAUUUGGAGCAGGGAUUGAAACCGAUGCAAUUGAGAUGGGUUUCUGUUUGUAAAAAGUAUGCAAAAGGAAGGAUUCCUUGCUUUAUCAUAAUUAAUGCAGCGUUUUUAUUGUGUAACUAAUAUUAAUAAGGAUCGAUUUUCUGUGUCUUACGAUGUCGAAAUUCGAAUCACCGAAAUAAGGUCGGUUUCGAACCCUGAUUUAGAGAAUAGAAAGUAAGUCAUAUCCGAUUAUUAUAUUUUUAUACAUAGAAUUAAGUUUGCAAAUCGAGUUAAGUAGACGGAAAUAAUAGGAAACAUCAAACAUUGAUGUAACGAGAAA